AUGGAGGAGAUCAUGCAGCAUGUCUUCGGCGACUUGUUUCCUGGGCUGGAGAAGGAGGCUUGGCCCAACAGUGCCAACAUCAACCUCUACCGUGACGGCCGCCAGGGUGUGGGCUGGCACGCGGACGAUGAGUCGCUGUUCUGUGGCAAGGACUCUGACUGCCCCGUGGUCAGUAUCUCCCUUGGUGCCACACGCGAGACGGGGGCUUGGAUGUACUCUGAUUUUGUCCAUCCUUCCUGGUUCUCGUCAGACGGUAUGCACAUCUCUCUUAGUGAUCUGACAAGUUUGCCAAGCCCCGCGGCUCCGCCAGGAACGUGGAGGAAGUCGCAGGUCGCAAAAAGUGGGCGGUGCCUGGCUGUUGCCGGCGUUGCGGUGGCUGCACGCGGCUCUCGCAAGCACCGCCGAAACUCGAGGACGUCAGAGGCCGUAUAUGUGAGCUUGGACGAUGCCAUAGUGGACGAGCCUCUUGAAGAGCACCACACGUCACAGCUGGCCACCGUUUUUCAAAGCCUGGUUGGAAAUGGUAUGGGCGUCAUACCUACAGACACCCAGCAUGCUUACGUGACCCCUGUGAACAGCAAGAGCGGGGUUCGCCGGAUCUACGACAUCAAAGGCGUUUCCGCCGAUCAGCACCUUGUACAAGGUCUGCCGGGGAACCCAACAGCUGAAAUGGCCACAGGCCCUUACACUUUCAUCCUCCGGGCCACCGGGGAAGUGCCGCGGAUCGUCCUGGAGCACAAAAGCCACACGAAGGUCUGGAAGCGACGCGAGGUUGGCAUCCGUGUGCCCAACAACUCUGUUGUUUGGCAGCUGGUUGAGGACCGGCAGUGA